AUGGCGCAACCCUUCUAUGGUGGCCCUGGCGGGCCGCAGCCAGGCUACAUGGGUGGAAUGGGAGCUCCACAAGGAAUGCCUGGAGGCCCACCUGCACAGACCUUUAUGCAGGGCGGAGUGCCACCUGGCCCAUGUGGGGGCCCCAUGGGGCCCAUGGGGCCCUGCGGACCUUGUGGUAUGCCCAGUGGGUGCCCUGGUGGAUGCCCUCAAUCCCAGGCGCCAGGCGGUUGGGGAGCACCACAAGGUGGAGGUUGUGUAGGGCCUGCGAUGGGGGUAAUGCCUGGCCCCACCAUUGACACCUUUGUGGAGGUGUCCCCAGAAAUCCAGCCGGUUUUCCGCAGGGAGCAGGACGGGACGUUUAGCUUGCAGGUUCCCCGGAUCCGCGUUCGGCUCACGACCAAUUGCUCGCCAGCACCUCCCAUGGAACCUGGCUUAGCGCCCUUCAAGCCCUACGAGGAGUUCUGGGUGGACAUGCCGGAAGUGUCCUGGGUUGUGUUCAAUCCGUGGGCAGGCACACCGCCAGGUGGAACAGUGGCAGCACAGACACGAAAACGUGGAGCAGUCCUGGAGGUGUCGCCACAAGUAACUCUCAACGCCAAGCUGAAGGCUGCACCAAUUGACGACCCCGCAGCAGGCCUGGAAGAACGCCUGGGUGCUGCAGUGGCACGCAUCGAGGGUGCGCGGGGAAGCACUGCUGCACUCAAGGUGCAAAGUGCCCGAACGUUUAGUGGCCGUGGAAAGCCUGAACUGCAUGCUUCUCGGCUUGUGAUUGAUGAAGGCCUUCUACUUUCUGUACGUCAGACUGCAGAUCUUCCAGAAGAGCUUGGUGCUCCACUUCCUUCUGCGACCAGCUCAGCAGAGGAGCUGGCCAGGGUGUCACGGUCUGUGACGCAUCACUGCAACUUGGUGACGCCAGAUCCACCCUUCAAGAAGAAACGCAAUGAGAGGUUGUUGCCCGUGGAGGGUCGUUUAUCCUCUGUCUCUGAACUCUUCCUGUUGAACUCCUCAGAGCAGCCAUACCGGGUGCGACAUGAAGUUGAUAACCUGGCAGAACUUGAGGAUGAACUCCGAAAGCCACGAGUCUUGUCUGCCGAAGCUCCAAAGACUGCAUCUCCAGAGGUCGGGGUGGAUCUCGAAGAAGAUGAGCCUGAGAGGGCCAUGGAAGAUUUACGCUUCCGGCCACGCCCUGCAACGGCAGAAGUCACCUUUGAUUUGCCUGAUGUGUUGCCGGAUUUGGGGCAUGUAGCGCACAUCACUUGGAGUGAGGGUGGUGAGACUGAACGCCCUGCUUGGGAUGUGGCCCCUGCCGAGCUGGCUCGGCGUGCCUCCACAGCCAAGCCAAGGGAGGCGCCUGCGGCGCCGAAGGUGAAGCGACAGCCACCGCCACCACCCAAACAACCCGUGACAGUGGCACCAGCUCCAGCUGCACCAUCCACUUCAUCUACUUCAGCGCCAGCUGCAGUACCGACACCGGUGACUGAGAAACCAAAAGCACAGCCACCUCCAGCUCCGGUGGCAAAGGGCAAAGGCAAGGACAAGGGAAAAGGAAAGGAAGGAAAGGGCAAAGGUGGCAAAGGCCCACCACCACCUCCACCAGCUAAGAAGGCUGGCGGCACUGCUCCCCCUGCCAAGGCUCCAGCCAUGAAAGCUGAAGGAGUUGGCAAGGCGGCCAUGUUUGCAGAUAUCCGUGCCGGAGCGAAGCUUCGCAAAGUGGCACCUCCAAAGGAGCGAAGCGGAGCGGCCAUUGGACGAGUCGUAUGA